AUGGGUAAAAAAAGUAAAAAUAAAGAUUUAAAUUUAGAAGAAGAUGUACAAAAUAUUACGUUAGAAGAUCAGCAGCUUAGUUACGAAGAUAAAUUAAAAUUCGUCAAUGUCAUAGCUAAACCCAUGGCAAGUAAAUCUCAAUCUAAAAAACUAUAUAAAUUAAUUAAGAAGGCUUCGAAAGAAAAAGGAUUUCUUAAAUGCGGAUUUAAAGCCGUUCAAAAACAAAUAAGAAUCGGAGAGCGAGGAUUAUGCAUAUUUGCCGGAGAUACUACUCCCAUAGAUAUUAUGUGUCACAUGCCGGCUGUAUGUGAAGAAAAAAAAAUUCCUUAUUGUUACACACCCUGCAGAGAUGAUUUAGGAGCUGCCAUGGGAGUGAGAAGCGGUUCAGUUGCACUUUUAAUUAAACCUCACGAUUCUUAUCAAGAAUUAUAUGAUGAAAUGUUUGAAGAACUUCAGUCCUUACCUGUUCCUGUCGAUGUUAAAGCUGAAUAUGCAAUACCUCAAGGAAAGUUAUGA